CAAAAAAUGUUUUUUUUUUUUAAUUUCCCAAAUAAUAAUUUUAAUAAAAAUCAAUUGUAUAAUAUUGAAAAGAUUAAAUUUUAUUGAUAUUCUCAAGUUGUAAAAAUUUAACAUUUACUUAAGUAUUGUAGUGGCAAAUUAGAGAGCUUGCAUUUGUUAAUUUUCUUUGUUUUUUAUCUAAUUAAAAAAUUUUCUUGUUAAAUUAACUCAACAUUUGCAACACAAAAAUAAAGUAUUGUUAUAACAUACUAACUUGGCUAAAAUUGCUUAGAUUGGCAAUUAAUUAAGUGGAAAAAAAACUGUGUGUGUGUUUCAAAUAUCAAAAACAGAAGAAGAAAAAUUAAACAAAAUUUGAAGUUCAAAUCAAAUUUGAAAAGUACGAUUCAAUUCAAUAAGAAUGAGAAAAAAGUUUAAUUGUAACAAAUAAAUGUUUUUAUUAUUAUUCUGAAACUGGUGGUGGUGAUGAUUCAAAUCAAUACCGCCUAAUCUUAUGGUAAGAUGGCGUAACAAUACGGAUGCUAUGAUAGAAGCUCAAUAUCCAACACCCGGAGAAUUUGAAUAUAUGGAAUGUGGUCCAUCGCCACCAGCUGAAAGUGCACCCAGUAUGUAUGAUAGUUUCGAAGAGCCAACCAGUGAAUUAAGUGUACAAAUAUGCAACGACACUUUGCGCAUAAGUCUAAUCGAUCAAAUGAAAAAUGCCGCCGGCCGCAUACGCUAUUUUGAAGAUAUCGAACAGGGCAAUGUGAUUGGUGAAAAUACGAAAACACACUUUGAAUCCGCCUCGCAAAUAGAGAAGAAUUUAUGUUUCCUAUGGUCGGCAUUUCUUAAGAGAUGGGAUCUCUUGCAGAGUCUUUUGGAUAUAGGAGCAGAAUUGAAUUUUUGUGAUCAGAAUGGUAUUACCGCAUUACAUUUGGGUGCGUUUAGUGGUUGCCUGUCAACGCUUACGUUUCUGGUGGGCAAGGGCAUGAAUGUUAAUUUCCAGCCGAAAUGUUAUACUCCUCUACAUUGUGCAGCAUUUGGUAAUUCGCCUGAGGCGGCGAAAUAUCUAAUUAGUAAUGGUGCCCAAUUGACUAUAGAUACAAAUAAACCCAAUUGUGAAGAGAGUCUAUUGCAUUGUGCGGUGAGAGCUAAUGCUUUGGAGUGUUUGCAAUUGUUUAUAGACGAGGGAGCAGAUGUAAAUUCCCUGAAGCCAAAUGGCACUAAUGCUAUACACUUGGCAGCCGAUUUGGGUAAUGCACAGUGUUUGGAGAUUUUACUCAAGGCCAAUGGGGCAGAUCCUAAUGUUAGAAUAUGCAUACGUGAGAAAGAAUCUACAGCUUUACAUUUAGCAGCCGAUGAGGGAAAUGUAGAAUGUGUAGAUUUAUUAUUGGCCAAAGGAGCCGAUGCUAAACUAAAGAAUCAUAGAGGCUUUACCGCACUACAUUUAGCAGCACGCACUUCUAGUCUAGAGUGUGUAGAAUCUCUGCUGAGAAACGGUAAUGCCGAUGCCAAUGCUGAAGACUUUGAUCAUAGAACACCCUUACAUGCGGCUGUGGGAAAAUCUGAAAAUGCUUUCGAUAUCCUAGAACUACUAAUACAAUGGGGAGCUAAUGUUAAUCAUAAGGAUAUUUACGGUUUUACGGCCCUACAUUUAGCCGCUUUGGAUGGGCUGGCUCAGUGUGUGGAAAUGUUAAUUUACCAUGGAGCUGAUGUUACGACAAAGUCGAAAAAAGGCACUUCUGCUUUAAAUGUCAUAACACGCAAAACACCCGCUUCUGUAGCUAUGAUUAGACAAAAAUUAGAUGCCGCCAUUACAUUACAUCAUUCCCAGGAUCCAGUGAAUCGUGAAGUUGAAUUAGAGCUGGAUUUUCGUCAACUCUUGCAGCAUUGUCAUCCUAGAGAAAUAAGUUAUUUGAAUACUUUUGUGGAUGAGGGACAAAAGGAAAUCUUAGAGCAUCCUUUAUGUUCUUCAUUCCUGUACAUUAAGUGGGGCAAGAUAAGAAAAUACUAUAUAGGACGUUUAAUAUUCUGUUUCUUCUUUAUACUCUUCCUUACCCUAUACGUACUCACUGCCCUGGCCCACAAUUGCUAUAACGGCAGUAAAGAUGACAACACCACCAUACAAGCUCAGGAACUGUGCCAGAAACAAUCCAUUUUAGGUGAUAUGUUACGCAACAAUCCCUUUGUUAUGGAAAUGCAAUGGUGGGUUCUGGUGGCCAUUACGGUAGUGGAAAUAUUUCGAAAGUUAUAUGGCAUAACGGGUUAUUCAUCAUUCAAACAUUAUGUCACACAGGUGGAAAAUAUAAUGGAAUGGUUUGUCAUUACGAGUGUAUUUGUUAUUUCGUAUAUUUAUACGAAACAAACAUAUACCUUUCAAAAUCACAUAGGAGCCUUUGCCGUACUGUUGGGUUGGACCAAUCUCAUGUUAAUGAUUGGUCAACUGCCGGUAUUCGAUGUUUAUGUGGCCAUGUACACUAGGGUCCAGGGAGAAUUUGCAAAACUAUUUAUGGCCUAUUCUUGCAUGCUAAUUGGUUUUACUAUAUCGUUUUGUGUAAUAUUUCCCUCCUCCUCAUCAUUUGCUAAUCCAUUUAUGGGUUUUAUAUCCGUACUGGUAAUGAUGAUAGGAGAACAGGAUUUAUCACUACUCAUCAAUGAUCCCGAUGGCAAGGAUCCACCAUUUCUUUUGGAAGUUAGUGCUCAAAUAACUUUUGUACUGUUCUUGCUAUUCGUUACAAUUAUAUUGAUGAAUUUACUGGUGGGUAUAGCGGUCCAUGAUAUACAAGGCCUUAAAAAGACCGCUGGCCUUUCUAAACUGGUUCGUCAAACCAAAUUGAUUUCUUAUAUAGAAUCAGCCUUAUUUAAUGGUUAUUUACCCACCUGGCUGCGCAAUUUGCUGCACUACACAGCUUUGGUAUCGCCGCAGGCCUACCGCGUAGUGUUGUGUGUAAAACCUUUAAAUCCCAGCGAAAAACGUUUACCGCGUGAUAUCCUAAUGAAAGCCUAUGAAGUAGGUAAAAUGCGCAAACAUUUUGGUCACACCAUAUCGGCCAAAUCAUCUGAUGCUACUUAUCUAUCCUAUAAAAAUAAAUACAAUAGCGAAAGCAAUCAAACGCCUACGACACCCUAUGCGACAGAGGAUUUCGAAGCCACGGUUUUGUCAAAUAUCAACACUAAAAUCGAUGAUAAUAGUGAACGUAUUGAGUAUUUAACACAAGAAAUUCAAGAGCUAAAACAGGCUUUAAUAACCCAACAACAGCAGGCUAGCAAAGUUAUAGAUAAAUUAUUGAUUGUAAUAUCGAAUCAACAGAAAAAUAAUUUAAGAAAAUAGUUUUUAAGAAUGUUAAAACAAAAACGAACAAAGAAUUUUUUAUUUUGUAAUAA